AAAGCCUGGCCCAGAACAUGGGAUGAUUUCCUCGUCCCAUCUUGCUCAGUGCGUUUCUUCCCUGUGCACCACCACAGAACAGCAGCGAGCACUCAAAGCAUGAACCAAAAUCAAUGCGGAUUUGCUUACCUCUCAGCACGGGGUGAAUGGAAACCUGUGCUUCGGUGUCUGCCUGCUGGGAGUGGAGAAUCUCUGAUCCCCUCUGAAGGCUCUGGGACCUGCAAGCUGGUGUGUCACCUCAGCACAUGGAAACCAGCCGCCUCUUGGAGCACCCCAACCAGCUGGUCAUCAGCCUUUGGCCUCAGCAUCCUACUCCCCUCCCACCCUCUGCUUUCAUCUGUGCUGUGCUCGAGCACAGAAAUCCAGUGGGGAAACUGCUUUGGACUGAUUUGGGCACUCUCAGGUCUCGAGCAAGACUGCCUGUCUUAACAAUUUGCCUUUACAUCCCAAAAGCAGGAGGCUGGAGGCACCGGGCCAGGACAAUGCAUCUCUUUGUGGUGUGUCUCUUCAGCGUCUGGGGCCUGGCUGCCCCUAAGCCCUAUGUCGUGGAAGAUAUUUGCACCGCGAAGCCCCGUGACAUCCCGGUGAACCCCAUGUGCAUCUAUCGCAACCCCGAGAAGAAGUCCCAGGAGGGCGAGGGGCAAGAGCUAGGGAAGGGCAAGAGCAAGAUCCCGGAGUCUACUAACCCCCGAGUCUGGGAGCUGUCAAAGGCCAACUCGCGCUUCGCUGUUGUCUUCUACAAGUACCUGGCUGACUCCAAGGACAAUGGAGAAAACAUCUUCAUGUCGCCCCUCAGCAUUUCUACAGCCUUCGCCAUGACCAAGCUCGGAGCGUGUGGUGACACCCUGCAGCAGCUCAUGGAGGUCUUCCAAUUUGACACUAUUUCAGAAAAGACAUCCGAUCAGGUCCACUUCUUCUUUGCCAAGCUCAACUGCCGGCUUUACAAGAAAGCCAACAAAUCGUCGGAGCUGGUAUCAGCCAACCGCCUCUUCGGAGAGAAAUCUUUGGUCUUUAACGAGACCUACCAGAACAUCAGCGAAAUAGUGUAUGGAGCCAAGCUCUGGCCAUUGAACUUCAAAGAGAAGCCAGAGCUUUCCAGGAAGAUCAUAAACGAGUGGGUGGCUAAUAAGACAGAGAGGCGCAUUACAGAAGUGAUCCCAGAGAGAGGUAUCGAUGAUCUCACUGUCCUGGUCCUGGUCAACACCAUUUAUUUUAAGGGGCACUGGAAAUCACAGUUCCCAACUCCAAACACAAGGCUGGAUGCGUUUCAUAAAGCCAACGGUGAGACCUGCCAAGUCCCAAUCAUGUACCAAGAGUCCAAAUUCCACCAUGCAUCCAUUCACCAGGACAAAGUGCAGGUGAUGGAGCUGCCUUACAAGGGGGACGAUAUCACAAUGGUGCUGGUCCUGCCCUAUGCCGGGACGCCGCUGGUGGAGGUAGAGCGAGAGCUGACAUCGGAGAAGCUGCAGGACUGGAUAGACUCCAUGAGGGAGGUCUCUCUCACCGUCUCUCUCCCUCGCUUCCGCAUUGAGGACAGCUUCAGUGUCAAGGAGAAGCUGAGAAAAAUGGGGCUAGAAGAUCUCUUCAGUCCAGAAAAUGCCAGACUCCCAGGUAUAGUUGCAGAGGGCCGUACAGACCUGUAUGUAUCUGAGGCUUUCCACAAAGCCUUCCUUGAGGUGAAUGAAGAAGGCAGCGAGGCAUCAGCAGCCACAGCUGUCGUUGUCUCUGGCCGCUCCUUCCCCAUGAACAGAAUUAUCUUUGAAGCCAACAGGCCCUUCUUGCUUUUCAUCCGGGAAGCCGCCCUCAACACCAUCAUCUUCAUGGGCAGAAUAUCUGAUCCUUGCUCCUAAAUGGGCUGUCAGGGCCUCACUUCUCCCUUUUCUGCCCUUGAAAAAGGGGCAGUAGGGUAUGGUCGUGCAGCCCAUGUCACUACUGGGGCAGUUGGUCUUACUGUUUGGUGCAAGCUGCGGGGAUGGAUUGGAACCAGCUGGGCUGCUCCUGCCCCUCUUUGCUGUGUCAGGUGAGGGGGUCUCAGAGGGCACCUCUCCUGCUUGUUCAAAGGAAACUGAAUUUUUUGUGGCACCCAAGACUGAGUCCAGCAUCGCUGUUGUUCUUGUAUCCAACCCCUCCUCCCUUUCAGGCAUCAAACUGUAACUCUGAUCCCCCAGUACAUUAAAAGCCUAUACGUCUGUAUGUAA